CUAAACACGACCAAAUACAUGCACCUUUAGAAGCGUGUAGGAGGACCAGCAGCGCAGGGCCCCAAUGCUCACUGUCUUUUUGACUUUAUGCAUCCUUACACCUUACCUCCUCUACGUCUUUCUCGCCCGCUACCUAGCUCUCUCCGACCGCAGGAGGAAAUCGCCCAUCGUCCACACCAAUGAGCUCGCAAGCAGUCUAGUCCUUGGCACAGCACUGUUCUAUGUCGGCGGGUACGACGAAUCAUUCGACCUGUUUGUCCUUCCAGCGACCACGCAUCUCGCUGUAGUAGGCUACUCUCUUCUUGCAGAGUUUGAGGAUCUACACUAUUCCCUCCCACAGAUCAAGUCCUGGCCAUGGACGAUGCGCCUUGUUGCGGGCGGCGCAGUCUUGCUCGUGUUGCUAUUCAGUAUCCUGCAUGUCCACUAUGCCAUCACUCUCUGGGGUUUUCGUAUUGCGCUUGGUGGGUACUUGGCGACGUUUUUAAUCUUACCGUGCUUGACGGGUCUUCUCUGCUACGCACUCGUCCGGAAUGAGCGAGAUAGCGGUAUUGUGGGUGAUGUCGAGGUAGAACUCUCAUCAACAGCGCGGGCUUUACUCAACAGGCCGCGUACCGAUACAGGAGCGAGUACAAGCGCAUCCUCAUCGCGUCAAGAUAGAAGCAAGAGACAAGCAGCAAACAGUCGUCAGGCCAGCAAGGUGGAUGGCGACGAAGAAGAGAGCGUGGCAAUGCUACCUAGUGCUGCUCAGGAAGAAGACGAAGAUGCAUUGGAUGCACUUGACAGAUUUGAUGAGACGUCCUCACUGCGAAACGUACCGCCUGUGCCGCUUGAACACGACAUCAGGCCGCAUACGGGUAUCUUAACGACGCCUGCUGCAGUUACAACGCUUGGUCUUGGUCGGACCAAGCUACGCUUUCACCUUCACCAUUACCAGAUUUUUGCGUAUCUCGCAUUAUUCACGCGAUUUGCUACGUUUUGGAGUAGAACGGCAGCUGGACUUGCGUUGGGAAGUAUGAUCCACGGUCUGGCUGCGUAUGGUAUGGAUUCGCUCUUUGCGUAUGAGGACGAUCUUGGUUGAUGGAGUCAUUCUUUGCACCCACGCUCUUUGCCAGGACCAAUGCUGUCAAUGGCCCUGCUACACAAUGCCUGCCGCCAUUGACCUGCAACAAGCCUUGCCUGACUGUAAGCUUAUGCGCCUAACCUUCAACAUGCAUCUAUCGCAUGAAUUGACAAGCUCAGACUCCAGAGACGAUCGAAUGCAAGUGGACGACAACCUCGAACGAGACACGCAUGGGCCCAACAAGCUGCAAUAGCAUCGAUGGCCGACACUACUUGGGCGAGUUUCGCAGUUGAUGAAGUUCAGGUAGAGGAAAGCUACUAUAGCACCGGACACUAAACCGUUGAAGCCCUUAUUGCCAAUUUCUGAUCAGAAAUAUAUCGGAGCCAUAGCCACGUUAGCUAUAAGCCUUUGUAGCAGGAUGGCAUUAGAG